AUGGCUCAGCAUAAAAUCGGAUAUAAUUUCAAACCUGGAAAAUACAAGCUCGCUAAGGGAUAUGAUUUAAUAGCAUAUCGUCCAAAUGACAUGACUGAAUUUACUCCGAGAUAUUUUAUGUCAGAGAUAAAUGAUGAUUCAACUAUCUUCAUGAAACGCGUAAAAAAUAGAGACGGAACGAAAGAAGAAAGGCUUAUGAAUGCAGAUGACUUAAAUAGGGAACUUGUUAAAAACGGUCUCGGAAUAUAUGAAAUGCCAGCAGAUGAGGUACAAGAAACUCCACAGGAAGAACUAGUUCAGAUACAACCAGACAUGGAAGAAAUAGUUCAGCAACAACAGCUAGAAGAGCCUGAAGGAAACGAACAAGUCGCUCCUUUGGAAACUAACCUCACAGAACUAGAUGAAGAUUUGGAACAGCCGAAAAAUCUUGACCCUCAACAAGAGUAUGCGGAGAAUAUGGAAUAUUUCCAAGAGUCUAAAAAAAAUUCGGCUGACAUAGUAGAAGAAUAUCGAAAAAUGUUCACCGACAUACAAAAGACUCCAACACCAGAUGAAAAUAUUCAGCAUAGAAUGGAAGAACUGAAAGAAAAUGUACACAAAUACAACAACCCUUUUUACUUACGAGCAUUUAACGUUCAAUCUUCGGAUGAACUCGGUGAAGAUAAAAGGUUAAAUUUCAAGAAAACAUAUAGAAAUGAAACAUUGUUUAAAGUUCAUUCAGAACCUAGCCAAGAUGGAAACAAACCUACUUUUGUUUCUGCAGACGAUGGAACUACAAUGAGAUGGGGUCAUAAAGCUAAUCCAGAUAGGUGGUUCAUAAACUUACAACCUCAAUUCCAAGAAGUUGUAGACGCAAUGGAAGUGAAUGGUGAACCAGAUAUAGCUGGUAUUUUCAGCGCGGCUUUAAUGCCAUUGAAAGAUAUGAAAGAUGCAGAUAUUUUGAACCAGUAUGAAAUGAACAUGGCUGAUGGAAAUAUAACACCUGAC